AUGGCUGUUGUAAUCUUCCUCACCUUGCUUGUGCAGGGCUUCAUCCUGAACAAGUACCUGGUGGGUGAUAAGCUGGACGAGGACACGUGCGAGCGCAUGAAGUGGCGUGAGAAGGUGCUGAGCCGUGAGAUGACUCAGCUGCUGCAGGAGCUGAAGCCGAGCGGCCUGGAGCAGAGGAGCCUGCAGCAGGGCGGCUUUGCCUGGGUAGCCCUGCUCUUCUCUGCUUUGCAGCAGUGGCAGUUCUGGGCCCUUGCGGGAGUGCUGGUCCUGCUCUUCUGGCUUGGCUGGUGGCUCGGGAAAAGGAGCAAAAACAACAAGGAGAAUGAUGAACAGGAAGAAAGCGAAGGAGAAGAUGCUGAUGAUGAGAGGGACCUGCUGCGCCCCGAGGGUGAGAGGCCGGCGAGGGACUCUGCUGUGGCCGAGGCGAAGUUCUUCAGCCAUAUUGCCAGGCAGGCCCUGCAUGACAGCUUCCACCUCAAAUGCCUGCAGCUCUGCGGGAGGGAUUUCCUGAAUCGGCUGGACGAUAUCACGUCAUACCUGCAUCAGGGUUGGAGCAAGAAAUGCAUCAACCACUUCUUUAUUGGCAACAAGUCUUUGCCUGAGGAGAUUAUCUUGACCUCAGCUGUCCUAAUGGCUGAGCUAUACAACCUCUUAUACCACCUGGUGGACAAUCCAGCUGCCAACAAUGAG